CACAGACAGACACACACACACACACACAGACAGACACACACAGACACACACAGACACACAGGGUGCAAACUGGAUCCGAGGAGCCGGAGAAGGGGAAGAGACAACGAGGAAACCUCAGAGAGCUCCGUGUGUUUGAGUCCAAUGGUCUAGACUCUAGUGGUCCAGUGGUCCUAUGGUCUAGUGGUCCAGUGGUCCAGUGGUCCUGUGGUCCAGUGGUCCUAUGGUCUAGUGGUCCAGUGGUCCUAUGGUCUAGUGGUCCUAUGGUCUAGUGGUCCAGUGGUCCUAUGGUCUCGUGGUCUCGUGGUCCAGCGGGUCCUCGUCACCUUGUGGUUUUUAAACGUCAUGAUUUUGUAAAGUGUUUUUAGAUCAUUUAUAUUCCACGGUGUCGUGUUUAUAAAGGUUAUCCAGAGGGAACCGAGACCCCCCCCCCCCCCCCCCCAUGUACAGAGACUUUUAUAUUGCUGGGGGAGGAAAACUGACAGCCGUUUGUGUACCCCCCCCCCCCUUCUUCAUAUGGUCUUCCUAGGUUCAUCUGGUCCUCAUAGGUCCAUAUGGUCUUCACAUGGUCUUCAUAUGGUCCUCAUAGGUCCAUAUGGUCUUCAUAGGUCCAUAUGGUCUUCACAUGGUCUUCAUAGGUCCAUAUAGUCUUCACAUGGUCUUCAUAGGUCCAUAUGGUCUUCAUAUGGUCUUCAUAGGUUCAUAUGGUCUUCAUAGGUUCAUAUGGUCUUCACAUGGUCUUCAUAGGUUCAUCUGGUCUUCACAUGGUCUUCAUAGGUCCAUAUGGUCUUCACAUGGUCUUCAUAGGUCCAUAUGGUCUUCACAUGGUCUUCAUAGGUCCAUAUGGUCUUCAUAUGGUCUUCAUAGGUUCAUAUGGUCUUCAUAGGUUCAUAUGGUCUUCACAUGGUCUUCAUAGGUCCAUAUGGUCUUCAUAGGUCAACAUGGUCUUCAUAGGUCCAUAUGGUCUUCACAUGGUCUUCAUAGGUUCAUAUGGUCUUCACAUGGUCUUCAUAGGUUAUAUGGUCUUCAUAGGUCCAUAUGGUCUUCAUAUGGUCGUCAUAGGUUCAUAUGGUCUUCACAUGGUCUUCAUAGGUCCAUAUGGUCUUCAUAUGGUCUUCAUAGGUUCAUAUGGUCCUCAUAGGUACAUAUGGUCAGGGGUGCACAUAACUGGUACGCAGGUACGCAUGGGCGAAAAUAAUCAACAAUGCGUAAUGCCACUUGUGUUACUUCGCGCCUUAGCCUACUUGACCGAUCUGAUAUUGAUCAUCUCUACACCCCCCCCCCCCCCCCCGUAGGUGGAUGUCACAAAAGCUGACGCUACAUAUGGAGUGAGUACCAAACACCAUCUCCCGGUACUCACCUGAGUAACUCACUGAAAAAGUUAUGUGCACCCCUGCAUAUGGUCUUCAUAUGGUCCUCAUCUGGUCUCCAUAGGUUCAUAUGGUCUUGAUGUGCUCUUCAUGUGGUCUUAUGGUCUUCAUGUGGUCUCCAUAUGGUCUCCAUAUGGUCUCGUGGUCUUCAUGUAGUCUCCAUAUGGUCUUCAUGUGGUCUCCAUAUGAUCUUGUGGUCUUCAUGUGGUCUCCAUAUGGUCUCAUGGUCUUCAUGUGGUCUCCAUAUGGUCUUAUGGUCUCCAUGUGGUCUCCAUAUGGUCUCUUGGUCUUCAUGUGGUCUCCAUAUGGUCUUCAUGUGGUCUCCAUAUGGUCUUGUGGUCUUCAUGUGGUGUCCAUAUGGUCUCAUGGUCUUCAUAUGGUCUUGUGGUCUCCAUAUGGUCUCCAUGUGGUCUCAUGUUCUUCAUGUGGUCUCCAUAUGGUCUUGUGGUCUUCAUGUGGUCUCCAAAUGGUCCUCAUGUGGUCUCCAUAUGGUCUUGUGGUCUUCAUGUGGUCUCCAUAUGGUCUCGUGGUCUUCAUGUGGUCUCGUGGUCUUCAUGUGGUCUCCAUAUGGUCCUCAUGUGGUCUCCAUAUGGUCUUGUGGUCUCCAUAUGGUCUCGUGGUCUUCAUGUGGUCUCCAUAUGGUCUUGUGGUCUUCAUGUGGUCUCCAUAUGGUCUCAUGGUCUUCAUGUGGUCUCCAUAUGGUCUUGUGGUCUUCAUGUGGUCUCCAUAUGGUCUCGUGGUCUUCAUGUGGUCUCCAUAUGGUCCUCAUGUGGUCUCCAUAUGGUCUUGUGGUCUCCAUAUGGUCUCGUGGUCUUCAUGUGGUCUCCAUAUGGUCUUGUGGUCUUCAUGUGGUCUCCAUAUGGUCUCAUGGUCUUCAUGUGGUCUCCAUAUGGUCUCGUGGUCUUCAUGUGGUCUCCAUAUGGUCUUCAUGUGGUCUCCAUAUGGUCUUCAUGUGGUCUCAUGGUCCUCGCUGUCUCUGGAUGCUGAUUUGUAUUUCCUGAAGAAGUUGCUUUGUGUACUUUGUGUACUUUGUGCAUAUUGAUUGUACUUGAUGCGCCUCGUUACUACUGUAUUAAAAAACUAACAACAA